GCGGUCGUCGCAAGGCGAGCAAAUAAGCAUUGUAGGUCAAGAGAGAAGCGUUUUGCGUUCGUUCGCAAGCACGUGGUUUGCAAUUUGUCUUCGGUUCAGUUUCGUGAAAGACAAAGAGAAGCAGUUUGUCUGCGUGACAACUAGAGGGCGACGGGGAUAUAUACACGACCUCUGCAACUAAAGGUAAAGGAACAUGCCCGAAGUACUGUCUUCUUCUUCUUCCUCCGUCGGCGAGGCCGGCGGAGUCGCGUCUUCGUCCUCUAGCGUGAGCCCUUUUGGCCGAGUGGGAAACGAGAGGGACGUGGCUUCCUACUACAAAAAGAGCAACUACGGCCCGAAUCCGCCGGACGAUGGUGUUCGCGGCCACUUGAUCGAUGGAAAAGCGAUUUCCGCCGGGAUUCGCAAGGCGCUAGCCGCGAAGAUAGUCGAAGUUCAGGAGGGUGUGCGGUCCUUAAGCGCGGGCACUGUUGAAGACCCGCGGCCUCCGGGCUUAACCGUUGUCCUGGUAGGCGAAGAUCCUGCAAGCAAGGUCUACGUUUCCCGGAAGCAAAAAGCCUGUGACGAGGUUUGCAUUGACAGCACUCUGAUGCGUUUGCCGGCGGAGACCACACCGCAGGAACUGCUGGACCUUGUUGACAAGCUCAACAAGGACGACAAAUGCGACGGAAUCUUGGUACGAGCUUGUUCAUCGAGCAGUUUCGGAAUGGUGCAGCGAAGUCGUGACUUCAAUGAUCUCAAUAGCCUUGCACACAAAACCUCCUUGUUCGGGCCGCAACUUUUUACGACAUGCAGCGAGUCCUUUUCUAUUUUUUCAGGUCCAGCUGCCUCUCCCGACAGCCGAGUUGCGAGCGAUUCAGAGCGACUUAUUGCACCGCAUUUCUCCGAAGAAGGACGUGGACGGGUUUCACCCGGAGAACUUGGGGCUUCUAAUGGCCCGCGAGCCCGGGCUGCGGCCGUGCACCCCCUUCGGCGUGAUGCACCUCAUCUGGUCCACCGGGGUCAACCCUUAUGGGCUUCGUUGCCUCGUGGUGGGCGCUUCGAACCACGUAGGGCGUCCGAUGGUGAUGGAACUCCUGCUCAAUGGCUGCUCGGUCUCGGUCGCGCAUAAGUUCACAAAGCCGGAAGGUAAGUAGAACUUUUUGUCGUAUUGGAAUCUGCGCCUUCGGGUAGAAAAUCUGAUUUUAGAUGCGAGCGACAACCACGUGAAAAAUCAAUACUGUUGAAAGUGAAACAGAUUUGGAAACUUUCGUCCGUGAAGCGGAGUGCGUAAUUGUGGCGGUGGGCAAGCCCGGCAUCGUGAAAGGUGAGUGGAUUCGUGACGGCGCCAUCGUCAUUGACGUUGGCAUUAACCGCGUGGAAGCCACUGGCAAACUGGUCGGUGACGUCGAAUUUGACACUGCAAAGGAGCGCGCUCGCUGGAUCACGCCGGUUCCCGGGGGUGUGGGACCCAUGACUGUUGCGAUGCUGCUACAAAACACCGUGCAGGCGUACGGGAAAAACAUUCUGCCCGGAUCAGCGGUGGAGUAAAGUAGUUUUUCCUGCGACCGCCCGGCUUUUCAGUAGGAGAAGAGCCAAUGAAUUCGUACCUUGUCAAAAGCUAGUAGCGGCAAGACGAGCAACAGUUUCUUGAAUUUUUGCCAAAUGCUAAAAUUAUCUUCCAAGCAGAAACUGAAAAAUAUUCGGAGGGAGCUGGAUCUUUUCUUUUUUGCAUUUAGCGGCCGCGCGAAUUACGCCGCGGCUAUGCUUUAUCUCUCUUGCAGGUCCUAACCCUAAGAUUUUAAACCGGAAAUUUAUUAGACGUGUGCAGACGACGUGGUUUCAAAGAAAGACAAAGAUUGUAUGCAACUGAUAGUGAACGUGAAGGCACUGUCGCUGUGACUGAAGAUGUAGCCGAGUCUUCACAGACUAAAAGUUGGGAAGUAGCAAUGGAGCUACGCAGUUCCGCAUUUGAUGACGUGUUUUCGGACUCGUCACGACUAUGAGCCUUCUUCCUGAAUGCACAAAAGUAUCAAGAGAUAAAAUCGGAGGACUGAGCCAGAACGAAUCGUCAUAUGGGUUCGCUUUGAAGUUCGACCAUGCAGUGAGUCGUU